GUAAAAGGGAGUUAGGCAAAUAGCCUUUGAGGUUUCAGACUUUGUGAGGGACCACAAGACGAGGAACCAUCCUUGGAUUUGCGAAGCUAUCAUCAAAAAAUUUCAAUGUCUAGUUGGUGAAGAACACUGCCAAAGUCCACAAAAAAUAACAAUCGGUGGAGGUAUUUAUUUGUCAGCAUGAAGGAGGCUCUAAAUAUAAAAUAGGAUGAGUGUUGUCUGUUAUCCUUGGUUGACAAUAGCCUUUUGUGGUUGUGUAUAAUCCCAUUCACAUCAACAACCUGUGACCAUCACAGUGCAACUGUGUUAUAUGUUGGAACACUCUCAAGGAUAUUUUCUUCAGACGUUUUUCAUUGCAUGAGGAGUUUUCAUAUGGAGAUUUCAUCAAUCAGAGGGUUACCUGAACUGGGGAUAAUAGAGGAUCCUAACUUUCUCCAUCAGUGGCAGUUAAACCCAGCUAAUACAAGUAGUUUAACAGGAGCUGCUUUUGGUGAGAGUUUGCAGAAGCUCUCAUUUUCUGGCAACUCAAACUUCAACCCCAAAGCAUCCAUGGAAGCAUCACCAAAUGGAAAUGAAAGACCAACAAAACAUCUCAGAAACAACAGCUGGAAUGGCAAGAAAAGUCAACAUCAGACACCAGAGACACAAUAUGCUUCAUGCUCAAAUCUUCUUUCAUUUGUUAAUUCGAAUUACAUAAAUGAAUUGGGACUAGGGAAGCCUAAGGUGGAAAUGGCGUGUCCUAAAAUUGAUACUAAAAUUGAUAAUAGUACCCUUGCAGAGAUGCUGGUCUCUCAAGGAACUUUGGUAAAUCAAAACUAUCACUUCAAGGCCAACCAGGAGGCCAUAAAGAUUGAAACACGUCCAAAGCUUUCUCAACCUCAGGACCACAUAAUAGCUGAAAGGAAGAGGAGAGAGAAACUCAGCCAACGGUUCAUUGCUCUAUCUGCUCUCGUUCCUGGCCUAAAGAAGAUGGACAAAGCUUCUGUUCUUGGAGAAGCAGUGAAGUACUUGCAACAGUUGCAAGAGAAAGUGAGUACUCUUGAGGAGGAACAAAACAGAAAGAGAACUGUGGAAUCUGUUGUAACUGUGAAGAAAUCUCAGCUAUCCAAUGAUGCUGAAGACUCUUCUAGUUCAGAUACCGGUGGUACAUUGGACGAGGCACUACCUGAAAUUGAAGCAAGAUUUUGCGAAAGAAAUGUGCUCAUAAGAAUACACUGUGAGAAGAAAAAAGGAAUCAUAGAGAAAACGAUCAGCGAAAUUGAGAAACUCCAUUUAAAAGUUACCAAUAGCAGUGCAUUGUCAUUUGGGAGUUUCAUUCUUGAUAUAACUAUUAUUGCUCAGAUGGAUAUGGAAUUUUGCAUGACAGUGAAGGAUCUCGUGAGAAGUUUACGCUCAACAUUUUCAUAUUAGUAUGAACAAGUUUCAUAUUAAUUCAAGUAUGAACAAGGUUCACGAGGAGUGCAACCAAUAUUAUCAAGUUUAUGUUCUUCAAAUAAUAGUUAUGUUUUCAAGGCCUGCAAUGUCUGCCACCUUCAUCAUUGCUCUGAGGUUCAUUUUGCAGGAGGGUUUUUCCAUGGCUAACUUGUUGGCUAUUGUCACCCUCUUGUUUUAUGAGUGAAUGUAGAGCUUCUUAUGCAUCUUUUUGCAGGAAGUUGAGAAGAUCAACUGUACCUGUUUUCCAUCUAUUUCUUACAGGGCUUUGUUCAGUCACUUGUUAUGUUUGUUUUCUCAAGUGUUAUGAGUUACUCUUUUUUAUUGAAAUAAAUAGGUUUUG